UUUCCUAUUCCUUUCCGGAUACGCAAAAUUUUGCGAGACAACACUGUCGGCCAAGCUUACGUUUCUCUGUUUAUGGGCGUGUGUAUCUAUUUGUGCAACGGGCUGUCACAAACAGCGUGGCUACUGUGCCAAACCGGGAGAAUGUCGCUGCAGAGUCGGUUGGACAGGCGCGAAUUGUGACCAAUGCUUCCCCUAUCCAGGUUGUGUGAAUGGCGAUUGUGAACGGCCGUGGGAAUGUAAUUGUAAACCAGGCUGGGGUGGAAUGCUGUGCGAUGAACAGCUGACGUACUGCGAUGAACAUCCGGAUACGUGCGCGAAUGGCGGACAUUGCAUAUCAUUCACCAAGAAUGAUGGCAGUUAUCGCUGCGAAUGCAAACAAGGAUAUUUGGGUAAAAAUUGCGAGAUUUUGGAUGAGUUCAUGUUGACCUCAACGGCAGCGCCGCGCAUCACACCGCCACCAAUGCCCAGUUGGGACGAUGAAACGCAAAAUAAUGACAAUGACGAUGGCGAUGACGAUGACAAUGACGAUGAGGAUGAUGGCGAUGUUGACGAUUUUGAUGCCAGCAGUGAUUAUCAGCUGGGGAAUUUAGUGGAGCAGGAAAAUAAUGAGACAAUAACUGCAACGAAAAUAAAAAAUGCAACAGCAACUCCCUCGACGAAUGAUAGGAAUGCUGCAGCUGCCAAUGCGCCAUCAACAAACUCAACACCAGUUCAGACACAAUUCAAUAGAGAAGUGGCUUCAACUCAGGCCACCGUUAAUAAGUUGGCGAUUUUAAAUCACACUAAAUCCUCAUUGGCCAACGUUUCUAAUAAAAACAUGUCACCAGCAACUGCGGCACAAGCUGACCCAGCACACUUGCCAUUGACGGGAAAUGCGUCUGACGCGAAUGCAGCACCAACGACAGCAACAAAAACAAUAACGGCUAGCACUCAUUUACAUUUAAUUAAUACAACCGGAGUUGCUUUAAAGUCGCAUGCCACGUCGGUGCCCAGCCGAGAGGCAGACGAGAGUAGCAACACAAAAGACACAUAUUUACUCUAUGGUCAUCCGCACGCCAGCAUCUCCUCCUCCUCCCCAGCCACACCAGUGGCCAUUUCAAGUCCCAUACCAAUACCGUUGCACUUUCUCGAGCCAGCCAUUCAAAAUAAACUCAUUCAUAAAGUCAAUUCAAAUCUAGCAGCUCCUUCCGGUAAUAAUGCAGCCGAUGAGGAUGGCAACGGUGAUGAAUAUGAGGAGGGCGAUGACGACGAAGAGGGCGACGAUGAUGAUGACGAUGACGAGGAUGACGACGAGGAUGAUGAAGAUGACGAGGAUGAGGAGGACCAAUUAAUACCAGACGUGCUUAAUCAUGUUGCAUAG